AGGAAGGGAGAGAGAGAAACAUCGAUGUGAGAGAGAAACAUCAAUUGGUUGCUUCCCCUAUGCUCCUGGAACAGGGAUCGGAUGUGCUUGGACCAGAGAUCAGACAUGCCUGGACCCCGGACCAGAUCCAGAACCGAGCUCACAAGUCAAAAUGCAACUGGGUGACUUAUGCACUCAUCGUUUUUAUUAUUAUUCCAAUAUCCUUUAUAAUAAUAGUAAUCAUGGUAGCACCUUCAAGAAACUCCCAAACUAUAAUAAAUCCUCAAACUAUAAAAUGUCCGGGAAAAUGGAUUGAAGUAAGAUCUAAGUGUUUCUAUUUUUCUGAUGGUACCAGAAACUGGACAGCCAGUAAAACAUUUUGCAGGUCACAAAGAUCAGAACUUGCUCAGAUUGACACACGUCAAGAUCUGGAAUUUUUGAAAAAGUACACAGGAACAUUUAUGCACUGGAUUGGGCUGAGCAGAAAAGAAGGAGAGCCUUGGACAUGGACAAAUGGCAAAAUAUUCAACUCCUGGUUUGAAAUUAGUGGGAAUGGAUAUUUUGCUUUUCUGAGUGCUGAUGGAGUCAAUAGUUCCAGGGGGUUUGAUGACAUGAAGUGGAUUUGCAGCAAACCUCAAAUUUAAUAGAGGAAAACAUUGGGAAAUUGUUACUGAACCCAGCCAGCAGAAGUCCCACCACUCGCCACCAUACAGGCAAAACUUUGGAAAUAAAGUUCGAUAGAAAAAAAAAGGAAACUUUUAUUUAAUGACCAUACAAUUUGAAAUAAAGGCAGGUUUCUGUCCCAAAACUCAUUCCUUCGUAAAAAAAAAAAAUAUAUAUAUAUCUAAAGAAAAAUAACACUGCCACCCACUGCCCGGCCAGACCAGUCCUAGGCCACACCUAGAAUUCCCUUUCCCUUUAAAAGUGCCGUCCUUGGGAAAAUACAGGUGGCUGAAACAUGCUUCUGGUCGUGGUCUGUUCCAGGUGUACCUUGGAACAAGGUGCAAGCUGCUCCUUGUUUGGUGUCUGCCCGUUGGUCCAGCCCUUGCUGCCUGUCUCUUUUGUGUCAUCUCACCAGUGCAGCUGUGCUCCUAGCCAGGCAGCUUCCAGACCCCGCUGGGGCAGCUGCUGACCAAUACAGCAAAUGUGCAGUUGCAGUGCUUUGAGGACCCGUUGCCAGCUGCCUAGCCACAUGGCUUCCAGAGCCAGCCAAGGCACAAAGCACCAACUGGCUAAGCACCUUCCCACAUGUCUGUGCAGUGGGUCCAAGGCCCUGCCCAGGCUGUAGCAGGUGGAGCAGCAAUGGCAGCUCCACUGCUCACUGGGUCUGUGCUGGAGGAACACGUGUGGGCAGCACGCCAGAGGCUGCCAGGCACAGCAGGGCUUGCUGCCCAGUGGGCCUUCCUGCCCAGCUGCACAGCACCCAGAGCCCACUGACCUGGGCCUCCUCUCCUCUCUAGUGCCCACUGCACUCUAGGAAGGCUCUGUAGUGCUGGCGAAGAGGUGCUGAGAAUGUCUCUGGACCACAUGAUCUCCUUCUCCUGCCAGCCUGGACACCUGAGCCCCUGGUGAAUGACUGGGCCACUAGGGGAGGGGACUGCAAAUUAUGCAGUGUUUCUACACACUCUGCUUUUAAAGACUGCCCUCAGAAUCCCCCAUGUAGUGGAAGUAGUCAUAUGUGCUUUGCUCUGGUUGCCAUGGCAACAUACACUCACAUACACUGGUGGUGUCCUCGGCACUUCCCAACCCCUCCCCCAUUUCUGGCAGAUGCCCUUCCCCUUACAAAAUGAUUAUGAGGAUUUAGAAGAUAAAGUGAAAAACUAAAGUUGUUUUUUACUUGGUCUGUGAAAGUGAGGCAAGAUAGGAAGAAUUAGGGAAAACUAACAAGUAGAUGAGGAAGUUGGUGGGACAGCAGAGGCAGAUAAGCCCCUAGGUUCUCUCAUCAGAGCCCCCUCCGCCAGGCAUGAUCAAAGGGCAACAGU